AGUUUUAAUCUUUUCUCCAUUGGGUGGUGGUGAAUUUCUUUUGUUUUGUUUAAUAAUGUCAGACAUCAACAACAGCAACAACAGCAACAACAAUACCGAUCUUAUUUCUGAAUUCUUGUCCUUACCUGUUGACUUCAAAGUUGACCCUCUUGUUGUCCCUACAACUAAAUCUGUUGUACGUUUAAAGAAGUCAAGAAUAUCAUUGGAAGAUAAAGAUCAAAAGACAAAGGAAAGAAUUUUACGGAACAGAGCAGCAGCACAAGAAUCUAGAGAUAAAAAGCGUAGAUACGUUUCUGAACUAGAAUCUAGCAACAAAAAACUAUCUGAAGAAAAUGAACAAUUGAAAAAGAGGAUCAAGACCUUGGAGGAUCAACAGGCUUUAAUAGCCUGUCAGUUCGAAGCCUUGCAAAAAUUGAAUCCUUUCUUGUUUAAUGACUUUUGCGGUUCAGCACGGAUCGUAAAGAAGGAAAUGGUUUAUUAAAGAUUGAACUCACCCACCGUUUACAACUGCUGCCAUAUCACCACCACCCAAUGGAAAUAUUUGCCUAAACCAACACUUCCUUUUCCCUGCAGUGGAGGUUAUUAAACAAGGAGGAUCCACAAGUGAACACAAUUUGCUAGUGCCAACUAAUAUGUUACCAUCACCUGUACUAUCACCUUCUUUAUCAACAGAUGAAGAUUCAGUGUAUUCUCCAAGUAAUCAAACAAUUCCUCUGGAUGAUUUGCUAGAUUGGGAUGGUCAACAACAAGUCCUUCAUGGUUCUUCUUAACUCCUUCUUUUUCUUUCUUUGCAUAUUAUUCAUUUUUACUUCAUAUUUACUCAAUAAAUUCAUAAUGCACAAAAUUUUUCUAUUGCUCAGCCUCUUUUAUUAGUUCACAUGAAUUCAUAC